AUGACAAACCCUGAUGAGGUCAAAGAAAAAUUCUGUGAAGACCCGGAAACCCUCAUCAAUGUGCCAAAAGAGGACAAGCUUGUCAAUCUGGCUAACUCCGGAGGUGAAGUCUCUACCUGCUUCCAGCUUUCUGUGAAGAUCCUGGAAGCCAGAAACUUGCCCCAGACUGACUUAUUAAGUGAGGCUGACCCAUAUGUGGUCCUACAGCUGCCAACAGCAUCAAGUGCCACAUUUAAGACCAAAGUUGUUUCCAAUUCGAAUCACCCCAUUUGGAAUGAGACCUUCAGCUUCCGGAUCCAGAAGCAAGUCAAGAAUAUCCUGGAGCUGAAAAUCUACGAUGCAGACUCAGUCACAGAAGAUGAUAUCCUCUUCACUGUCUUUUUUGAUACCAUUGAAGUCAGCCCUGGGAAACCCACCCGAAAGACUUUCUCUCUGAAUCCCCAGGGACAGGAGGAGCUGGAUGUGGAGUUCCAGAUAGAGGAAAUAUCCAAUUCUCAAGAGAAGCUCAUCACCAACAAUGUCCUCGUGGCUCGGGAGCUGUCCUGCCUGAUGGUGCAGGUGGACAAGACGGGGAGCACGGCAGCGGUCACAGAGGAGGAUGAGCUGGAGCUGACAGUGAAGGGAUCCUAUGAGGACACUCAGAUCUCCACUUUGGGCUCUGGAAUGGACGACUCCUUCCUCUUCCACUACAUAACAGCUCAAGAGGCAGAGAUGAGGGGUUGUCUGAAGAGCCUCGCAGUUGAUGGAGGGAGUGAGGGCAUCCCUGACGAGAACCUCACUGUACCCCUGAAUUCCCUGACUAUGGGGGAGGAGGUGGAAGUCAACGUUCCUGCCCCAGAUGCCACAGCAUUGAGGUUGAAGCUCAAAGCCAAUUCUUGCUCUGAGGAGGGGACUGUUCGUCUGGGCUUCGGACUGUGUGACGAGGAACAAGUGUUUCUGAAGAAGAGGAAGCAGGUGGUGGCCAAGGCCCUGAAACGGGUUCUGCAGCUGGAGCGUGAGCUGCAGGAGGAUGAGGUUCCAGUCAUCGGGGUCAUGGCCAUCGGUGGAGGGGCUCGGGCAAUGACGUCUCUGUAUGGCCAUCUCUCUGCCCUCAAGAAACUGGACCUCCUGGACUGUGUAACCUACAUAAGUGGAACUUCAGGAUCUACCUGGACUUUAUCUAGCUUGUACGAGGAUCCUGACUGGUCACAGCAAGACCUGGAGAAGCCCAUCAAUCAUGCCCGAGAGAACAUGACCAAAAGCAAGCUGGGGGCCUUCUCUCUGGGGAGCAUGAAAGGGUACCAGCAGGAGCUGAGACGGCGGGCUGAGGAGGGGCGCCCCCCUUCCUUUGUCGACCUGUGGGCUCUGGUCCUGGAGUACCUGUUACAUGGCAAGGUGACUGAGCACAAGUUGUCAGAGCAGAGAGCAUCACUGGAGAAGGGCCAGAAUCCACUUCCACUGUACCUGGGUCUAAACGUCAAAGAGAACAACCUGGGGACCUUGGACUUCAAAGAAUGGGUGGAGUUCUCCCCCUAUGAGAUUGGUUUCCUGAAGUAUGGGGCCUUCAUCCCUUCUGAGCUCUUUGGUUCUGAGUUCUUCAUGGGACAGUUGAUGAAGAAGCUCCCAGAGUCCAGGAUCUGCUUCCUAGAAGGCCUAUGGAGUAACAUCUUCUCUGUGAAUCUGAUGGAUACCUGGUAUGACCUCACCAGCUCAGCAGAGACCUGGAAGCAGCAUAUCCGGAACAAGACCAGAAACAUUGAAAAAGAACCCCCUGGCUCCCGGAGCACCUCCUGGAUCAAUAUGUCCUGGCUGCAGCCUGGAGCUGCUGUUACCCAGGCUCUUCAGGGCCUCCUGACGGGGCGGCCCCUUCACCACCGAUGUCAUAAUUUCCUGAGAGGCCUUCAUCUGCAUCAGGACUACUCUGGCCAGAGGAAUUUCUGCACCUGGGGCGACUGCCACCUGGAUUCUGACCCCAGCCAGCUGACCCCUCUGCAGUCCCAGCUCUGCCUGGUAGAUGCCGCCUACUUCAUCAAUACCAGUUGCCCACUCUUAUUGCGGGCAGGCCGGAGCCCAGACCUCAUCUUCUCAUUUGGCUAUUCCCUCAACUCUCCCUUUGAGGCGCUGGAGCAGAUGGAGAUCUACUGCCGAGGGCAGGGCAUCCCUUUCCCCAGGGUGGAGCUGAGCCAAGAGGACCGUCGACAGCCGAGGGAGUGCCAUGUCUUCUCGGACCCUGACUGCCCCGAAGCCCCCACUGUGUUACAUUUCCCCUUGGUCAAUCUUUCCUUCAGAGAAUACUCAGCCCCUGGUGUCAAGCGCAGCCCGGAAGAGCUUGCGGGUGGCCAGGUGGACCUCACAGGCUUCCUGUCUCCAUAUUCCCUGGCCAACAUGACCUACAGUGGGGCUGACUUUGAUCGGCUGCUCCAUCUCAGCGCCUACAACGUCCAGAACAGUCACAGUGAGAUCCUGAGGGCCCUGAGGGCUGCCCUGAAACAUUGCAAACGGCACCAGCCCUGA